GGAGGCGCGGGGUCCGGGGCUUGGGCUCCCGAGCCCCGGACUCCUACGGGGGCUCCCGGGACUUGGUGCCCUGCGCCGGGCCGGGCGCGGCCGGUCCGCGCUCACCCGGUCCGCACUCAUGAGCCCGCUCCGCCGCAGAAGUGUCUGCGCCUGGACCCGGCCGCGCCCGUGUGGGCCGCCAAGCAGCGCGUGCUCUGCGCCCUCAACCACAGCCUCCAGGACGCGCUCAACUACGGGCUCUUCCAGCCGCCCUCCCGGGGCCGCGCCGGCAAGUUCCUGGACGAGGAGCGGCUCCUGCAGGAGUACCCGCCCAACCUGGACACGCCCCUGCCCUACCUGGAGUUUCGAUACAAGAGGCGAGUUUAUGCCCAGAACCUCAUUGAUGAUAAGCAGUUUGCAAAGCUUCACACAAAGGCAAACCUGAAGAAGUUCAUGGAUUACGUCCAGCUGCACAGCACGGACAAGGUGGCCCGCCUACUGGACAAGGGGCUGGACCCCAAUUUCCACGAUCCUGACACAGGAGAGUGUCCUCUGAGCCUUGCGGCCCAGCUGGACAAUGCCACGGACCUGCUGAAGGUGUUGAGGAAUGGCGGUGCUCACCUGGACUUCCGCACUCGAGAUGGGCUCACUGCUGUGCACUGUGCCACGCGCCAACGGAAUGCGGCAGCUUUGACGACCCUGCUGGACCUGGGCGCUUCACCUGACUACAAGGACAGCCGCGGCCUGACGCCCUUGUACCACAGUGCCCUGGGGGGCGGGGAUGCCCUCUGCUGUGAGCUGCUUCUUCACGACCAUGCUCAGCUGGGGACCACAGAUGAGAACGGCUGGCAGGAGAUCCACCAGGCCUGCCGCUUUGGGCAUGUGCAGCACCUGGAACACCUGCUGUUCUACGGAGCUGACAUGGGGGCUCAGAACGCCUCAGGGAACACAGCCCUGCACAUCUGUGCCCUUUAUAACCAGGAGAGCUGUGCUCGAGUCCUGCUUUUCCGUGGAGCUAACAAGGAUGUCCGCAAUUACAAUAGCCAGACAGCCUUCCAGGUGGCCAUCAUCGCAGGGAACUUUGAGCUCGCAGAGGUCAUCAAAACCCAUAAAGACUCAGAUGUUGUACCAUUCAGGGAAACCCCCAGUUAUGCAAAGCGGCGGCGGUUGGCUGGCCCCAGUGGCCUGGCCUCCCCUCGGCCCCUGCAGCGCUCAGCCAGUGACAUCAACCUGAAGGGUGAGGUGCAACCGGCAGCUUCUCCUGGACCCUCGCUGCGAAGCCUCCCCCAUCAGCUGCUGCUCCAGCGGCUGCAGGAGGAGAAAGACCGAGAUCGGGAUGGUGACCAAGAGAAUGACAUCGGUGGCCCCACAGCAGGCAGGGGCAGCCAGAGCAAGAUCAGACUCCAAGGCUGUCUGUCUUCCUCCAAAUCACCUCAGUUCUCCCCUGAAGCUUUUGCAUGUCCCAUGGAUUUCUUAAGGGUAGGACAGCCAGUGGCUAAAAGAAUAAACUUUGGGAUGUUUCAGUUUUGCAGAAACAAAAGCCUUCCGACCUCUCCUCCGCCCUCCGUGCGCUGCAGUGCCCCUCGCCCGGUGGCCUCUCCCGCGCGGAAACUUUACAGCGCCGUCCCCGGCCGCAAGUUCAUCGCCGUGAAGGCGCACAGCCCGCAGGGCGAGGGCGAGAUCCCGCUGCACCGCGGCGAGGCCGUGAAGGUGCUCAGCAUUGGGGAGGGCGGUUUCUGGGAGGGGACCGUGAAAGGCCGCACGGGCUGGUUCCCGGCCGACUGCGUGGAAGAGGUGCAGAUGAGACAGUAUGACACACGGCACGAAACCCGGGAGGACCGGACGAAGCGCCUUUUCCGCCACUACACAGUGGGCUCCUAUGACAGCCUCACUUCACACAGUGAUUAUGUCAUUGACGACAAGGUGGCUGUCCUGCAGAAACGGGACCAUGAGGGCUUCGGUUUUGUGCUCCGCGGAGCCAAAGCAGAGACCCCCAUCGAGGAGUUCACGCCCACGCCCGCCUUCCCUGCGCUCCAGUACCUUGAGUCGGUGGAUGUGGAGGGUGUGGCCUGGAGGGCGGGGCUGCGCACGGGAGACUUCCUCAUCGAGGUGAACGGGGUGAACGUGGUGAAGGUCGGGCACAAGCAGGUGGUGGCUCUGAUCCGCCAGGGCGGGAACCGGCUCGUCAUGAAGGUUGUGUCUGUGACGAGGAAGCCGGAAGAAGAUGGGGCUCGGCGCAGAGCCCCGCCGCCCCCCAAGAGGGCCCCCAGCACCACGCUGACCCUGCGCUCCAAGUCCAUGACAGCUGAACUUGAGGAACUUGCCUCCAUUCGGAGAAGGAAAGGGGAGAAACUGGAUGAGAUCCUGGCAGCCGCCGCGGAGCCUACACUGAGGCCAGACAUCGCAGACGCUGACUCAAGAGCCGCCACUGUCAAACAGCGGCCCACAAGUCGGAGGAUCACCCCAGCUGAGAUCAGUUCUUUGUUUGAGCGCCAGGGCCUCCCAGGCCCAGAAAAGCUGCCCGGCUCCCUGCGGAAGGGGAUUCCUCGGACCAAGUCUGUAGGGGAGGAUGAAAAGCUGGCGUCCCUGCUGGAGGGACGCUUCCCAAGGAGUACAUCGAUGCAAGAUCCCGUGCGCGAGGGCCGUGGCAUCCCGCCCCCGCCGCAGACCGCGCCGCCACCCCCACCCGCUCCCUACUACUUUGACUCUGGGCCGCCCCCCGCCUUCUCGCCGCCGCCCCCUCCAGGCCGCGCCUACGACACAGUGCGCUCCAGCUUCAAACCCGGCCUGGAAGCGCGCCUGGGCGCCGGGGCCGCUGGCCUGUAUGACUCCGGCGCGCCCCUGGGUCCGCUGCCCUACCCCGAGCGGCAGAAGCGUGCGCGGUCCAUGAUCAUCCUGCAGGAUUCUGCGCCGGAGGUGGGCGAUGCCCCCCGGCCCCCUCCCGCAGCCACCCCACCAGAGCGUCCCAAGCGUAGGCCGAGGCCACCAGGUCCCGACAGUCCCUAUGCCAACCUGGGCGCCUUCAGCGCCAGCAUCUUCGCGCCUUCCAAGCCGCAGCGCCGCAAGAGCCCGCUGGUGAAGCAGCUGCAGGUGGAGGAUGCCCAGGAGCGCGCAGCCCUGGCCGUGGGCAGCCCUGGCCCAGUCGGCGGCAGUUUCGCCCGCGAGCCCUCCCCGACGCACCGCGGACCGCGGCCAAGCGGUCUUGACUACGGCCCUGCGGACAGCCCCGGCCUCGCGUUUGGUGGCCCAGGUCCGGCCAAGGACCGGCGGCUGGAGGAGCGGCGCCGCUCCACCGUGUUCCUAUCGGUGGGAGCCAUCGAGGGCAGCCCUCCUAGCGCGGACCUGCCCUCCCUGCAGCCCUCCCGCUCCAUCGAUGAGCGCCUUCUGGGGACCGGCCCCACCACCGGCCGCGACCUGCUCCUGCCUUCCCCCGUCUCUGCUCUGAAGCCAUUGGUCAGCGGCCCCAGCCUUGGGCCUUCAGGCUCCACCUUCAUCCACCCGCUCACCGGCAAACCCCUGGACCCCAGCUCUCCCCUGGCCCUCGCCCUGGCUGCCCGUGAGCGGGCUCUGGCCUCCCAGGCACCCUCCCGGUCCCCUACGCCUGUGCACAGUCCUGAUGCAGACCGCCCUGGGCCUCUGUUUGUGGAUGUACAGGCCCGCGACUCUGAGCGAGGGGCCCUGGCCUCCCCAGCCUUCUCCCCAAGGAGCCCGGCCUGGGUUCCUGUGCCUGCUCGCAGGGAGCCGGAGAAAGCACCCCGGGAGGAGCGUAAGUCGCCGGAGGACAAGAAGUCCAUGAUCCUCAGCGUCCUGGAUACAUCCCUGCAGCGGCCAGCCGGCCUCAUCGUUGUGCAUGCCACCAGCAAUGGGCAGGAGCCCAGCGGGCUGGGGGCUGAAGAGGAGCGUCCAGGCACCCCAGAGCUGGCCCCGGCCCCCCCACAGUCAGCAGUGGUGGCAGAGCCCCUGGCUAGCCCCCGGGCUCAGCCCCCUGGCAGCACCCCUCCAACAGACUCUGGGCCAGGCCAGGGCAGCUCCGAGGAGGAGCCAGAGCUGGUAUUUGCUGUGAACUUGCCGCCUGCCCAGCUGUCCUCCAGUGAUGAGGAGACCAGGGAGGAGCUGGCCCGCAUUGGGCUGGUGCCGCCUCCUGAAGAGUUUGCCAAUGGGGUCCUGCUGGCCACCCCACUUCCUGGCCCAGGUCCCUCGCCCACCACGGUGCCAGGCCCGGCCUCAGGGAAGCCGAGCAGCGAGCCACCCCCUGCCCCCGAGUCUGCGGCCGACUCAGGGGUGGAGGAGGCUGACACACGCAGCUCUAGCGACCCCCACCUGGAGACCACAAGCACCAUCUCCACGGUGUCCAGCAUGUCCACCCUGAGCUCGGAGAGUGGGGAACUCACCGACACCCACACCUCCUUCGCCGAUGGACACACUUUUCUACUCGAGAAGCCACCAGUGCCUCCCAAACCCAAGCUCAAGUCCCCGCUGGGGAAGGGGCCGGUGACCUUCAGGGACCCGCUGCUGAAGCAGUCCUCGGACAGCGAGCUCAUGGCCCAGCAGCACCAUGCCGCCUCUGCUGGGUUGGCCUCCGCUGCCGGACCUGCUCGCCCUCGCUACCUCUUCCAGAGAAGGUCCAAGCUGUGGGGGGACCCCAUGGAGAGCCGGGGGCUCCCUGGGCCCGAAGAUGACAAACCAACUGUGAUCAGUGAGCUCAGCUCCCGCCUGCAGCAGCUGAACAAAGACACACGCUCCUUGGGGGAAGAGCCGGCUGGUGGCCUGGGCGGUCUGCUGGACCCGGCCAAGAAGUCGCCCAUCGCGGCAGCUCGGCUCUUCAGCAGCCUCGGUGAGCUGAGCUCCAUCUCAGCGCAGCGCAGCCCCGGGGGCCCGGGCGGCGGGGCCUCCUACCCGGUGCGGCCCGGCGGCCGCUACCCCGUGGCGCGGCCAGGCUUCUCACCUCUCUUCCGGACGGCUGCUGCGCCCUGA